CGUUUUCAUUGUGCGACUGUCACACUGCACACCUUUGGCCGUUUUAUUUAGACCGCUAUCAAAUAAGUUUGAAAAGUGCUUGCAAAAUGUUGCAAAACGACGCGGUACGGACUUUGCAAUAUGAUAGUGAGAUUCGUGUGGCCCAGCAGCCAAGCCCCUCAGAGCCCAGAGUUUACGACUCCCAUAUCAGCAUUACAUCGCAGCCGCGGCCGGAAACUCCCCGGAUUCCGCUGCCGAUACCCAUUGCCACAGUUACGGGCAGUAGGUCCUUUAUUCCCCUUUCCGGAUACGAUUGCCUAGCGGAUCUGCCAUCCGUGCAUAUUGAACAGACCUUUGAGCUGAAUGAGGCUCUAACAGCAGUUUCUUCGGAAAAUCGUUAUGUGGUGCGAUCUCCAUUGGGCGAUGCCAUUUUCGCGGCCAGCGAAAGUUCCACAGAGAAAAGUCGUCUUUUCUGGGGAGCUGGACGACCAUUUCAGAUGCAUCUCCUGGACAAAACCCACCAGGAAGCGCUGGUCUUCCGAAAGAAACUAGCCCUGGGAUCACUCUGCUGCCAGCCGAAAUGUCUGGAGAUCUGGGUGCCACCGGGUAAUCUGCUCGGACGAGUGGUGCAGUCACCCACUUUCAUGCAGCCAGAGUUCUUCAUCGAGGAUGGAAGCACAGGAGAGCCCGUGUUUUGUGUGGAAGGUCCUCCCAGGUCUGGAUUCUGCUGCUUUUGCCUGCAGAGGGAAUGCUACUUUAGGAUUAAUUCAGGUGGAACAAUGAGGGCUUCCAUAGACCAUAAAUGGCUGGCCAGCAAGUCUCAGUACACCACAAAUAUUUACUUCAGUGAUACAAAGCUAACGGCCAAAGAGAGAGCCUUGAUUUUAGGAUCAGCACUUUUACUGGAAUAUCUGUACUUCCAAACCCGAUUCUAGACCAAACAACUUUAAUAAACCUUGUAUAUUCACAUUGA